AUGUCUGGGGGGUUUGUCACCGGACUGAGUUCACACUUUGACCUCAAUAAGCUCGACUUCAAGGACAUCUCCUCUGGCUCUCGCAACACCAAGACCCGUUGCCUCACUCACACCUCCUCGGUGUCCCGUAUCGCCCUUUGGGGAGAAGCCCACUUCCCAAAUCUCCAAAUCCAGCCCAGCAGGCUGGAGUUCGUGGGUGGCACUGAAGGAGUGCGCUCUCUGGAGAUGACCAACUGCAGCUCUCUUCCCGUCAAGUACCGCUGGUCAUUCCGCUCGGAGGACAAGCUGGGAUAUGAGCCUUACCCACUUAAAUUCAAACCCCAACCACCAAAGGAGCAGAGAACCUGUUUGGAUUCCUCGGCAUAUAAAAGGAGGUUCCUGAUUAGAAAGGAGGAGGCAGGCACAGCCCUGAAAGAAGUGCAGGACUUUGCCCAGUCUUUAGGAGCAGAGGCUUUCAGCAUCCUGCCGCUGUCAGGCGUGCUGCAGCCAGGACAGAGCCAGCAGGUCUCCUUCACCUUCUCUGGCCACCGGGACGUCCUCGGCGGUGUGAAGGCGCUGUGCCGCGUGGAGGGAGGCCCCACCUACGAGGUGGAGCUGAUCACCUCACGCGUCAGCUACUCCCUGAGCCUCUGGGAGAUCGACUGUGGCUCUCAGAUGUUUAAUGAAAUUGGUCACAGCACGGUCACCCUGGAGAACACUGGCAGGAUUGAAUUCAGCUGGGUGCUAAAGCCUAGCACUGCCGACCAGCAUCUGCCUGGCGUGUUUCUGGUCAACCCCACCACUGGCUCCAUGGCACCUGGCGAGAAGCAAGCGCUGAAAUUCUCUUACAUGCCAGGAUUACCAGGAGCUUUCAGCAGGAUUUACCAGCUGAAAGUGGGUGACCUGGAGCCGAAAAAUAUCCUCCUGAAAGGAGAAGCGUCCUUUCCCGUGAUCACCGUGAACCUGCCCUGGAACACCAAAGAAAAUGAAAAAUAUGAGCAGCCACUGAAACAGCAUGUAAAACACCUGCAACAGUACAGCCAGAGGAAUAAAUCAGAAAUUGUUCAGAAGAUUCAGAGCCUGAAGACUGACACCUUGAAGUCUCAGACCCUGAAAACUCAGACUCCAAAGAGUCAGACCUCGGAGACUCGGGAUCCAAAGACUCAGGACCUGAAGCCCCGCGUGCCUGGCUCUGGCAUUGUACCAAGCACUCAGCUGCAGAUGAACACGGUGAGGAUGCUGAUAGAGAAGGCUGCUCUGGAGCUGCAGCAGAAGCUCACGUGCCAUCCCCCGAAGAGCAGGUUCCCUGACAAGCAGCUAUGCCAGAGUCUUGUCAAAGUUGAGCUGCCCGAGUAUGUCCUGGACAUGGGCACUGUCCUUAAGGGUUUCACUGAGAGAAGCACUCUGGAGAUCACCAACCCUGGGCAGAUCCCAGUGUCCUUCCAGGUCGAUGAAUCUGUCCUGCAGGACACAGGUUUCAGCGUGGACCUGGGCCUGAUGAAGAGCCUGGCCCCCAGCCAGACCAUGGCGUUUACCGUGUGCUUUGAAAGUGCCCGCUGGCCGCAGGGUGACGUGGAUGUGCUGCUGCCCAUAGAGGUGACAAAAGGCCCCACGUCUCACAUCCGCCUCCGCGCCACUGUGCUGGAAGCGUCGCUCGACCUCUCCAAGAACACGCUGCAGUUCUCUGACAUCCUGCUCGGGCAGUGCCAGGUUGAGACCAUCCGGCUCUACAACCGCUUCCAAGCACCCUGCAAAUGGUCCAUCGAGCCUGUUCUGAAGCGUGUUGAAGGAAGCUUCUGA